AUGCCCGCGACAACGGCCGAAACCCUCUCCAUCGUCACCCGCAGCGUCUCCGUAGCGCCCCUCGUUCUCCUCUCUGCAGUUGACCACUACAACCGCACAGUAGUUAAGGGCUCCAAGAGGCGGGUUGUUGGUGUGCUCCUAGGUCAGAAUGACGGAAAGAACGUGAGGGUUUCCAACAGCUUUGCUGUACCAUUUGAAGAAGAUGACAAGGAUCCAUCCGUGUGGUUCCUCGACCAUAACUACGUCGAGAACAUGAACGACAUGUUCAAGAAGAUCAACGCCCGCGAAAAGUUAAUAGGAUGGUAUCACUCCGGUCCUAAGCUCCGCGCCUCCGAUCUCGAAAUCAACGAGCUUCUCAAGCGAUACACACCGAACCCCUUGCUCGUCAUUAUCGACGUGCAACCCAAGGAGGCCGGUGUCCCUACAGACGCCUACUUUGCCAUCGAGGAGAUUAAGGAUGAUGGAACGACCACCUCGAGGACCUUUGUCCACACCCCCUCCGUCAUUGAAGCUGAAGAAGCCGAAGAAAUCGGUGUCGAGCACCUCCUACGAGACAUCCGAGACGUCGCCGCCGGUACCUUGUCCACCCGCAUAACCAACCAGCUCCAGUCCCUCCAGGGCCUACACGUCCGCCUCCGCGAGAUCGGUGCCUACCUGCAAAAGGUCCUCGACAAGGAGCUUCCCAUCAACCAUGCCAUCCUCGGCAAUCUGCAGGACGUUUUCAACCUGCUACCCAACCUGACGGCUCCCAAGGGCGACGGCAAGUCGGGCGUCAGCGAGUUGUCCCAUGCGAUGGGCAUCAAGACCAACGACCAGCUCAUGUCGAUUUACCUCAGCAGCUUGAUCAGGGCAAUCACUGCCUUCCACGACUUGAUUGAAAACAAGAUACAGAACAAGCAGCAUAACGAGGAAAAGGAGAAGGAGAAGGAGCCGACUGAGGAGAAGGUGAAGAAUAAAGAGGGAAAGGAGGCCAAGGGUAAAGAAGGCGGUGAUAAGGAGAAAGAGAAGGAGAAGGAAAAGAGGAAGUGA